UAUAGAGGCUCCUUUUCUUGACCUCUUUGGAACGCGCCACGAACGACCCCAUAGUUACACACGCAGUACCACACGUUGUGGACUUGACCGCCUCCAAAAAGUCUUGACCUCGUUGUUGGAAUUUCCCCCCUGUCUCUUACUGUUUUUCUCUUGUUUUUCUUUUUCUCUGUCUCCCGUGACUCUCGACACAAAAACACGGGCUUACCACCUGCUGCUCAAAAUGUCUUACCCUCCUCUUGACCAGCGUCCAUUGAAGGACACCAUCUGCCUCUUUGAUGUAGAUGAGACCCUUACCCCGGCCCGCAAGCGGGUCUCGCCCGAGAUGCUGGACCUCCUCUCCCGCCUCCGCCAAAAGUGCGCCAUCGGCUACGUGGGCGGGUCGGACCUAAGCAAGCAGGAGGAGCAGCUCGGCACGUCCGACGUGUCGGUCAAGAAGCUGUUUGACUACUGCUUCCCGGAGAACGGGCUGGCGGCUUUCAAGAGCGGCGAGCCGCUGGCGUCGACCAGCUUCAUCGCCUGGAUCGGCGAGGACCGCUACAAGGAGCUCGUGCGCUUCAUCCUGCACUACGUCGCCGACCUCGAGAUCCCCAUCAAGCGUGGUACCUUCCUCGAGUUCCGCAACGGCAUGAUCAACGUCUCGCCCAUCGGCAGGAACGCCUCGUCGCAGGAGCGCAAGGACUUCAACGCCUACGACAAGGUGCACCAGGUCCGCGUCAAGUUUGUCGAGGCGCUCAAGGAGAAGUUUGCCGACUUUGGUUUGACCUUCUCCAUUGGUGGCGAGAUUUCUUUCGACAUCUUCCCCAAGGGCUGGGACAAGACCUACUGCCUCAAUCACCUCGAGGCCGAGGCCAAGAAGGAGGGCGGCGUCGAGUACAAGACCAUCCACUUCUUUGGCGACAAGUACAUGGAGGGCGGAAACGACUACGAGAUCUACAGCGACCCCAGGACCAUCGGCCAUGCCGUCGACAGCCCACAGGACACCAUGAAGGAGCUCAAGAAGCUCUUUGACCUGUAAGCGACGGGAACGACAAAACGCGGCUAUGGAACUGAUUCAUGGAAUCAAAGUGCUAUACAAGUAUGGCUCUUAAGGCAUGAGGACGUUAAACUUGAUCUUUAUGGACUGGGGGCGCUACGCAGCACAUAUAGAGUGAAGAAUACAAUGAGACAAAAGCAAGAAGAAAAAAAGGACGAUAGAUGCCAGAGCAACUGGCUUCCAUAUACGAUAAAUAAUACCAAAGAACUGAAGAAAGAUCAUUUCUUUUUAUACUAUGUAGGCAACGAAAAAAAAACAGACAACGAAAUCUGCAGUGAUAGAAAGAGGUAUCAUGUGUGAAAUCACCAAAAAGUAGGCAGGAUGGAACAAUACCCAAACACAUGUGUCAUCAGAUUUUACGAAGUUUUGCU